GCUCGAACGUGCUUCUUUGCUCACUUCGCCUGCCUUUGUGCACAGCGGGACACAUUCUUAUCAUUAUCCUUUCCAAACAUCUUCAAUAUGGCAAAGGCGCUUGCUGUUGAUGAUAACGAUGUGGAGAAUGGCAGUGAAGGUGAAGAUGAGGAAGGAGAACCAGCAGAUGAGUACGAGAUUGAAGUCAUUCUCAGUCACAAGUAUAACAUGGCUGAAUUUAUGGGCCGGAUAGGCUACUUGGUGAAAUGGAAGGGUUAUCCUGAUAGCGAGAACAGCUACGUGGACGAAGAUGAUGCCAGAGGUGCUAAGGACCUUAUCGAUGCAUACUGGCAGCAAAAGAAGAAGGGUCCUAGGUCCACCGAGAAAGCCCAGAAUCGCCAACCACCCCGAAAGAAACGGGGCCGGCCGCCCAAGGCAAAAACGCCAGAGACUCCUUCUGAAGAGGAGGCAGAAGAGGAACGACCAAAGGCCAAGAAACGUAAGGCUGCCCCUAGACAGAGCACUGAUGCUGUGAAGGGCCGUAAGUCCCAGCCAAUGGCUAGAGAGGAGGAGAACAAUUUGGAUGAAGAGUUGGACAAUAUGAAGAAAUGGUUGGAUGCUGCGAGCUGGGAGCACCUUGUGGACACUAUCGACACCAUAGAGCGCGCCAAGGACAAUGAGCUCUAUGUGUAUUUCACUUUGUACAAAUUUCUUUGAUUUGUUUGCAUGCAGUUACUCAUUAAAACUGCCAGGAACAACACAAGUGUGAAGGCAUCUGGAUUCAGGCAUUGCCGUGAGAAGUCCGAGAUUUGCAAACAGAAAAUGCCCACGAAGGUGAGUGUUUGGGUGUUCUCGUAUGACAGAGAAACUAAUUUCGGGAACAGCUAUUGGAAUUCUAUGAGACUAACCUCCGAUGGCGAGAGGACAAUGAUGAGCCAUAAACUCAUGCUAACUAA